AAGCCAUGGGAAAAACCAGCAGUCCUCCAACUCAAUUAUUUAAGUGCUGCUUCUGUGAUUGCUUGAAGGUCAAGAUGCACUUCAUGACCUCUUCACAUCUCUUCUACCUGGUCCUCUGCUUGCUCACCUUCACCAGCUGUGCCACAGCUGGACCAGAGACGCUCUGUGGGGCUGAACUGGUGGAUGCUCUUCAGUUCGUGUGUGGAGAUCGGGGCUUUUAUUUCAACAAGCCCACUGGCUAUGGCUCCAGCAGUCGGAGGGCACCUCAAACAGGCAUCGUGGAUGAGUGCUGCUUCCGGAGCUGUGAUCUGAGGAGGCUGGAGAUGUAUUGUGCUCCCCUUAAGCCUGCCAAGUCUGCCCGCUCUGUCCGUGCCCAGCGCCACACUGAUAUGCCCAAGACUCAGAAGGAAGUACAUUUGAAGAACGCAAGUAGAGGGAGUACAGGAAAUAAGAACUACAGGAUGUAGGAAGACUCUCUUGAGACGUGAAGAAGAAUAUGUCACCAUUGGAUCCUUUACUCCAAGGGAGUUACCUAUUAAACAUUGGAACACCUACCAAAAAAAAUAAGUUUGACGACAUUUCAAAGAUGGGCAUUUUCCUCCAACGAAAUAUCUAAGUAAACAUUCCAAUGUUGUCUUUAGGAAUGAUUUGUUAAGAAGGCUUUUUUGCACUUUGCAAAAAUGGUCCUGGAGUUGGUAGAUUGCUAUUGGUCUUUUAUCAAUAAUAUUCUAUAGGAAA